CGUGUGAUAAAAAUGAAAGGGAUCUUCUGAGCAUACGUGUAGCGAGCUAAUCCAUCCUAGUUUAAACAGCCACCACAGCCAUCACAAGAGGUGCCCUGCCAUCUCCUGCGCUUGUCGUGGAGCCUCGUGGUGUGACAAACCACCUGUUGCACUUGAAAGCCGUUCCAUUUGUGUUAGUGUUUUCCUGACGGAAGGUAUCCAAUUGCUCCUCCUCUUCACCGCUAUCAGAGCCUGCAGUUUCUGUGAAGAACUUCCUGUAGUUCACCUACAAGCAUGACAGAUAAGGAGUUUGUCACUUGUAAAGAAAUCAUUUCAGGCCCCUCUGUCUCUGUGACUGAUCCUGGGAUCUGUGAAGAACUGAGCAAAUCUUUUCCCUGGACAAAUAAGAAAAGGAAGAGUUGGCUUUCAAGGCUGUGUAAGAAAAAAACAUCUUUGUCAGAAAAUGGAUGGAAUUCCUACUGCCUAUCUUCAUUAGCUGCCCGGAAUAUCUGUACUGGCAAACUUCAUAGCUCUUGGGAUCAUUUGGAAACUGCUUCCCUUUGUUGUUCCAUAUGUAGCACCUCUUCUUGUUCUCUUUUAAAUGCACUGACUUUGGGAGAAUCUAUUCAGGCACUGUCAAGUAGUAUCCGUAACCCAAACAAGGCCAUCUUCACUGUGGAUAUUAGAACAACUGAGAUUCUAGUUGCAAAUGAUAAAGCCUGCAAGAUUCUUGGCUAUAGUACCCAGGAAAUGAUUGGGCGGAAAUUAACUGAAAUGAUUUCAAAAUCCAACUGGGAUAUUGUGGAAGCUCUGAAGGAAGGAUAUACUGAUGUUGAAGAACAUGGACCAGUAAUUCCAGGAACAGUGGUAGAUGUCAUUUCCCAAAAUAAUGAAAAGAUCCCUGUCACUAUAUGGACGAGAAAAAUUAAAGGCCAUUGCAGUCAGUACUGUGUUGUUGUUUUGGAACCUGUGGAAAGACUCUCUGCUUCCGUUUCUUUCAAAAGUAAUGGAGAGAUUACUUCUUGUGACCCCCUUUUUGCUCAUCUUCAUGGAUAUUCAUCAUCAGAAGAUGUGGUUGGUCACUACAUAAAAGAUUUGAUACCUUCUAUCCAACUUCCUGCACCUGGGAAAAAAAUUCCAAAGAAUAUCAGAAUUCAGAGAUCUGUUGGCCGAGCAAGGGAAGGAACAACAUUCCCUCUCAGCUUGAAACUCAAACUAAAUCCCCUUGCUGAUGAAGUUAUUUCAGUAUCAGAUGACCCUCCACCAGUUAUGGAUGUUGAAGCUUUGGAAAAUAGCAUCUCUUUACCAAUAGAUUGUUGCUUCUGUGCUACCAUCUGGGUGUUCACCACUAUCAGCGGAUUGGUAACCAUUCAGGCAGAUGGUACAAUUUAUGGAAUUAACAAUACGUUUUCUCUAAUGCUAUUUGGUUAUGAGAAGAAAGAACUAUUAGGCAAGAAUAUCACUUUCUUGAUUCCUGGAUUUUACAAGAAUAUGGAUAAGACUGAUUCUUCUUUGCAACUUCCACAAUCUAGAGAAAGCUACAUUAAUGCAGAAAACAUGAAUUCCUCUGAAGGAAUGCAGAAGGAUGGAUGUGCUAUUAGGAAAGUCAUCAGCUCAUUCUUCGUUGAAGACAUGGAUUUGCCAGAUCUGAAGGAACAACAGGAAUUAGGGAGGAAUGGAGCUGAGCUCCCACCUAAAAGGGAAAUCCAGCUGGAAAGUUUGGGAAAUGUGUCCUGUGCUCUACUGUCUCCUGCAGUGGUACCUUCAUCCCUAAUUUGCGGAAACCACAUACCUAGCAAUAAUGUGCUAGCUACUUAUGAAGCUAUAUCUUCUGAGAAUCUAUAUUAUGAAGAUGGUACUGAAAAAGAGACUGGAAAAUCUGCCAUCCGUCAGAUGAAUGAACAACAUUCUUUAAAACUGAAUCAUUCAGAAUCAAACAUAUUAGAUGAUAGAAGUAAACUAAAUAACUGCCUUUCCAGAAGUACUUAUGACCUAAUUCAGGAAGAAAAUGACAAUUUGAAUAUACACGAUUCUACUUCACCACAAGAUAUGAAGUACCAGCCUUCCACAAUAAGAAGAGGAAGAAAACUUUCUUUCCUGGAAUUUGAAAGUGCUGUACCAAUUAUAACGGAUGAUCUAGAAAUGAAUUCACUAAGAAGUAGUGUUGACUCUCAAGAAGACUUCCUGACAUUAAAGCAGCAGCAUAUGGCACAGGUAACAUCAACGCCUGUAAAACUAGAAAAUGUGGUAUCUCCAACAACUCUUUCGAACACUGAAAUACUAGAAGGCAGCUAUACUGGUAACUGCUACCACCGAGAUGGUUCGCGACUCAGCAUACUCUUUGAAGUGAAACGUGUGGAAUUGCAUGAUCCUGCUGCUCUUUUUUGUAUUUGGGUUAUGAGAGACCUUUUUCAAAGCCAGAAACAAGCAGCAGCAAAGACACAAUUACUUCUUUCUAGCUUGGCCAGUUCCUGCCAAACAUUAGAUGAAAUCUCAGCUGUUAAUUUGGCAGAAUUAAUCAAAACCACACCCUUAUUUGACAAUUCACGAAAAGCUGAAGAAUUAGAAAGACUGAAAGCUUGUGAGGGAUGCUAUGGAGACAAAUAUGAUACUCUUACUUUUAUUGGAAAAGGAGCUUUCGGGUUUGUCUGGACAGGAAAAUGCAAAAGGGAUGAGAAAGAGGUUGUAGUGAAAUUCAUUUGGAAAGGAAGGGUAUUAGAUUAUUGCUGGGUAGAAGAUCCUGAACUAGGGACAAUUACUCAGGAGAUUUCUAUUCUGAGGAAACUUCAACAUCCCAAUAUUAUCAAGGUGCUAGAUAUAUUUGAGAACCAACAGUUCUUUCAACUAGUGAUGGAGAAGCAUGGUACCGGUCUAGAUCUCUUCACAUUCAUUGAUAAUCAACCUGAUUUGGAUGAGCCUUUGGCAAGUUACAUAUUCCGGCAGCUCGUAUCUGCAGUGAACUAUCUUCGCUCUAGGAAUAUUCUUCACAGAGACAUAAAAGAUGAGAACAUCAUAAUUGCUGAAGAUUUCACGAUCAAGCUAAUAGACUUUGGCUCAGCUGCUUAUUUGGAACCUGGCAAAAUGUUCUAUACUUUUUGUGGGACAAUUGAGUAUUGUUCUCCAGAAGUGCUAUCAGGCAAUCCAUACUCAGGACCAGAACUGGAAAUGUGGUCACUAGGUAUUACCCUUUAUACCAUAGUCUUUGGAGAAAAUCCUUUUUGUGAGCUUGAAGAAACAAUAGAUGCUGUAUUACGACCUCCUUACAAUGUGUCAGUUGAUCUGAUGAAUCUUCUGUCUGGGCUCUUGAAGCCUUUUCCACAGGAUCGGAUAACUCUAGACAUGGUCAUACGGGAUCCUUGGGUGAUCCAACCUGUAAACGUGAUAAACUAUGCAUGGGAGAAAGUAUUUGCUUGUGGCAAAACAGAAAACAACAGUUUUAAAAUUCAUCCCACUGGCUGCAAUCAUGGUGGUAUCUGGGCAAUCCCAAGCCUGAACAGUGAGCAGAGUUUUAAUGAUGAGGUCAAUAAUCAUGAGCCGGCAAAUUCCCAGCUACUUGGAAUGAUCUCUUCUUCAGAACGAGAGCCAUCAACCUCUUCCCAGUGCCAGAAUCACUGAAAUCUUAACUUUGGACACAAUCUUACUCAUCUUGAGAACUAAACAAAAAAACCCCAUAAGGAUAUCAAUGUGAUGAACGUAAUGAAGCAGCAAAAUUACAAGUUCACUCUGCCUCCUGUGAGCGCGUCUGAUAUGAUUCUUUAAUUCCAACAUAUGGGGAUUUAGUCUUCAUAAUGCCUGUCUACAUAACUGUAGUAUAAUUAUAGUUAGAUAGCAUAAGUUAGAUAGCAUAAAAUCUAGGUCUCAACUACAUAAUUUAAAUCUGUGUAUUUGAUUUUUCAUCCACUGACAUAAAACUAUUAUCAACAAAUAGAUCUUCAGUAUUUUUGGAGAAAGACUAAACAUUAAAUUACCACAGUGAAUAGAGCAGGCAACCACAUUCUGUAUUUCAUUUUGAUUAGUUUAUUUUCUAUUAAUAAGUAAUAGAAUUAAUUUGUUUAUGAUUGUUAAUCAUAACAGAAACUUUGCAGAAGAGAGAGCAUUCAUUUUAGAUUCUUUUAUAUUUUAAAGUUUCCUCAUACAUCAGGCUUUUUUUGAAAGAAAGUAUCUAACAUUUUUCUUAUUGGAAUAUUAGACAUCAUUUGAGAUUUUGUUUAAGUUGACAGUUGUCCUGAUAAAAAUAAACUUUACCUCAUCUUCCAAAAUUUAGGUGAUACAUAACUAAAGGGAUUAUCAGUAUUAAAUUAUAAUACUCUGUAUUUUGGCUUUGCGGAUGGUCUUACUUCACAAUAGAGGAAACAUUGCACAUGUUAAGUUUAAAUGCAAGGUCAAUAUUUUCUUAUAAAUAUCAAGACAAAACAAAACUUUUUAGUAUGUUAAUCAACAUCUAUACUAAAGUGGGCAUUUAUUUUCCAACAAACAACAUUAGCCAGAAGUUUCUGACAGGUGAGUUUCACUUAAAAACUUUUAUUAUGCACAAUGCAGCUAUCCUUAAUAUUAAUGCCAAUUUGAAUGUUAUUUUACUACGGUUCACUUUAGAGGUUGUUGCAGUGGAAAACAUUUUCAGUUCUGUUUUGGUUAUAUUAUGAGGUUGUACCUUUCUUUCUUUCAUAGUGAAGAAAGCUAUUACCCAAACUAUACAGAGAAAAAAAGAAGCUAUUAAUCUACAGAAAAGAAAAUAUUUGGAAGAAUUCUACUAAAAAUGUUUUUUUAUGUAUGUGUGUAGUAUAAAAAAAGACUUAUCAAUAGCUAGCAACAAUUACUAUGAAAUCAAUCCAUAAUAUAUUCUGUCCCUUGAGGUCUACUGUUUCUCUAUCUUGGUGUGUAUUUCACAGUAGUGUGGGAAAAAAGACUACAUCAUAAGUAAGACUGUAGAAACUUUUAAAAAGGUAUUUUGAAACUGAUACCUGUUUCCUUUCAAAAACUCUUCCUGGCUACUGCACGUGUGUAUUCAUGAAUAGUUGCUUGGUUGACAGUUCUAGUGGAAACAUUGGUGAAUGCAUACACAGAAAAUCUAAGAUUACCUUUAUAAAUCUUAUGAACCUUCAAGACGUGCUGGAUAUGCUGGAUGCUUUAAUGCUUCAAGGAAAAUAGUGCUUUCUUUAGCUAAUAUACUUUGUGAAGUACCUCAUUCACUUGUUUUGCACAACCGUAAUAAUCGGAUAAAUCUUGUGUCUUGAAUUUUUGCCAUAAACUAUUUUAGACUGAGAGCUUUUUGAAUUAUAUAUGCUGUAAUUGUGUUAAAUCAUUUGCUAAAAUGAAUGAAAUACACAGUAGUA